CUUGCUCUGAUUUUGUUACUGUUUAUGUUUGAUCCCGUGUUUACUCCAUGGAUGUCCAAUUCCGACACAGAAAGUUGAUGUCUGUUCCGAUCAACAAAACCCUCGCAGAUUUCUGCUUUCAAAAUUGUAACCAAUCCUGUUCUCCAUCAAUAUGUUGGCAAUCCUGUUCCGAUUUCUGCAUCUCUUGCGGUUUUCCUCCCCCGAAUCAUCCUUCCACCAAACCUCACAAGUUCUUGAUCAUAACCUUCGCUGUCCUCGCCACCACUUUACUGGCUCUCUGCUUCUUCGUUAUCUACGCCAGGUGCUACUCGGGAAGGUCCGGUUCAAGGAGGAGGACGCGGCCGCAGAUAUUGGAGGUAAGAUCGAUCCGUGAUGAUUUUAUUGAUGAAGAUCAGGGGCCCGUGCUUGACCAUCCUAUAUGGUACAUCCGGACGGUGGGGUUGCCGCCGGCGGUGAUUAGUUCGAUUGCGGUGUUUAAGUAUAAGAAAGGCGAUGGGCUUGUUGAAGGAACAGAGUGCUCUGUUUGCUUGAACGAGUUUCAGGAAGAUGAGAACUUGAGGCUUUUGCCGAAGUGCAACCAUGCUUUUCACAUCCCCUGUAUUGAUACUUGGCUUACAUCACAUCUCAAUUGUCCUCUGUGUCGAGCCCCGAUUGUCUCCAACACGGCCAUAGAAUCAUCACCGGAGGUAAACAGGGAGGAAUUAGUUACUGGAGAAGAAUCCCAGAUCGGAGUUUUGGAGGAAAAUGGAGAAUCUGACCAGGGAGAACCGGAAGUUGGGAGCUCUGAGGUGAGGGUUAGAACAGAGGAGGCAGAGGAAACCCCCGUUCAAGAAAGAGGGGAAGCGAGUCAACCGAUUAGGAGAUCGGUUUCUCUAGACUCCAUAGCAGCGUCAAAGAUCAUCCGGGAAAUCGCAAAUUCCGGUGAUCAAUUAGUAAAAGAGAGAGAAUCAAGAGUGGUGAUUGUUCCUAGGAGACUUAGAAGAAGCAGAAAGUUUCUGAGAUUGAUGGGAAGUUCUUCUGGAAGGACUUUGCAAAUUGGUCCAGUUUCGUUGAAGAGAUCGAGCUCAUACAUCGGGACCUUACCGAGAUGUAGUAAGAAUCAUCCUAUUGUCCGGAGCCUUUGAUGUUGGCCAGAGUUUGCAUUUACAGGUGAGACAUCGAAAAAACUGGGAUGUCUCGAGAAAUCUCAGCAAAGCUGAGAGUCUGUGUAUGAUGUUUUGUUUAAAAAUGUACUUCAAAUACAAUUAUCAAAGUUAAAUGCUACUGAAAUAAGGUCUAGGGUUUGGAGUACUCCUAGGUGUCUUUUUGGGUUUGUAUUAAGCCUUGUGUUUUUUUUUUUUAGUUGGUAAAAAUCCUCACAUGAGAGGGGUUGGAAGAGGGAGUGGAAAUGGGGGUUUAAACCCUAGCCAAAAGCGUUUUUAUGUCAAUAAUUUGAUUUGGCCAGU